AAUUAUCUGUUUAGUGUUUGUAUGUUUUUCUUCUGAUUAAUAACUGCGCGAGCUCGUCCAUCGCACGGAAAUGUUCUCUGAACGUGGGUGUGUGUGUGUGUGCAUGUGUGUGUGCAUGUGUACGUGUGCGUGUGUGUGUGUGUGUGUGUGUGUGUGCGUGGGAGCGAAAAUCAGAAGCGUGACUCAGCGGAUUGAUGAAACUGUGAUUCAGCGUGAACGCGCUAAACAUGAGCGAGCAGAACGCGCUCUGUAAACAUGACUGUGUGUUUCUGUCUUAUGUCUCUUUUUGAAAAGCUGACGCUGACUUAAGGUUUCAUUACAGUAAAAGUCGUGUUCUUGACGGAUUUAUCACCUUUUUGUAUUACCACAGUUUUGCCAAGAAUAUCAUGGUUAAACAAUGCUUACAAUAAUGAGACGAUGGGAACAUCAUAUUUAUUAUGUUUUUACUACAAAUACGACAAAAACUGGUUGCUAUAGAUAAUGUUUACAUUUCGGACGAUACUAGCAGAUUUAGUUUCUCACCGUGUUGUCAUUUGGUGCAAAUCAAGCGCAAUCGAAUCCUAAAUAAAUACAUUAUUUUACUUUGAUUUGUUCACAAGCAACAGACCCAGCCCGUCAACUGAAAGUUGUACAAUGCGCAUGCGCGGCGGUUCGCCCGUCCGCUAGAGGCAUCGGCGAGCGCGAGUACGUCACUGCGCGCCCCCACACCAGUCCCGCGAGAAACUCGCCGCAAGAUGACGACAGAGACGCUUGAUGUUUACUAAAGAUGGAGAGUGAGGUUAGUCUGGUCGCUGGUCGCAGUCAAAGAGAGAAGAGAAGAUCUUAUAAAGACCUGCUGAGAGAAGAAGAAAUUAUUGACGCAGAGGUCAGAAAAUCCUCCAAGAAACGACUGAAGGAGUCUCAAGACUUCUACACAAGCAGUGAGAUUCACAAGAAGAAAAAGAAACAUGACAGUUAUUUGUUCAAAGAUCGCAGCUCAGGAUCUCUCCACAAAAAACAGAAACGGUCUUCAGAGAGUCACCGGUCACUCCUGUCAUCACCUGACCUGUUGACUUCUUCUCAGACGGGCGUGACAGCCAUGGGACUCCUGCAGGCCAUCACCUCCCCCACGGCCGUGACCACGGAAGCGGCGUACCCCUCUCUCUCCCCAUCAAAGGAGCACAGGAAAGACAUGAGACACGCCUCCUCAUUCAGAAAGCAGCCGCAGGUGGUGCGAGAGGGACUGCCCGUGGUGGGCGAGGAGGUGGAGCUGGAAGGUCAUUUCAGCGGAUGUCACGAUUUUGCAGCUGACAGCAGCGGAUCGUUGUCCGCAGACGGCAGCAGUCGCGGGAAGCUCAUGAUCCACGAAACGUCGUCCCACAGCAAGAAGAAAAAAAGCAAGAAGAUCAAGAAAAAGAAGGAAAGACACCGUGAGAAGAAGCACAGCAGUAAAACUGCAGCAGCCAAUGGCAGCGCAGAACGAAGCGUGCACUCUGCCGGUCAUCACAGACGUGAGGAGAAAAAGAAGAGACCGGAAGGAGGCAAACGCAAGAGCAAAGACAAGAAGAAGAAGAAGGUGUUGACGGCCUAUCAGAUCUUUUAUAAGGAGUACAGAAACAGUAUUCUAGAGGAGGAGCCGGGGCUCGAUUUCGGGGAUUUGAGUAAACGUUUGGCUGACGCCUGGAAGCAGCUGCCCGAGGGAGACAAACAGGUGUGGCGAGAGAGAUCUGAGUAUCUCCAGCGGAAACAGAUGAAAUCAAAUGCUGUCAAACAGCAUCAGAUAGGAUCUCAAAGACACCUUAAAGACAGCAGCAAGCCUAAAGAUCAUCUCGUGCCUGUAGGGGGAGGUGUUGCACUGAAGAGACGAGACGCAGCGGUCGCUCCGGUCCAGAACGGAUCUGUGUUGCCUCCCAGACACCCUGAUGUGGAUCCCAUUGAUGCGGCCGCUCACCUGCAGCUGCUGGGAGAAUCUCUGUCUCUGAUUGGCCGCAGACUGCAGGAGACUGAGGGGAUGGUGACUGUGUCGGGGUCUCUGUCGGUUCUGUUGGACUCUGUUCUGUGUGCUCUGGGUCCUUUGGUUUGUCUCACCACACAGGUGUCAGAACUCAACGGAUGUCCGCAUCAGCUGCUGUCAAACACUCUAGAUAACAUCGCAUACGUGAUGCCGGGUUUAUAAGGGACCGCUCACACCUCCUGCUGCUGCUCUACUGAUGGAUGAACACUUCAGGACUCAAGCGCAGAUUUGCACUGGAUACAUUCACAGACACUUCAGCUUUUAAUCUGCUUCUUCAUCAACAAGCAACGCUCCAUUUUUACCUGAUCUUUGAUUUUAUAUUUCUGUUGUGUUUCUGUUUUUUUUUUCUUCCAAUAAAAUGGAUUUUAAUAUGCUCUUUUAA